UCCUGUAAGUUCAGACUGACUGUACAACGUCCGAGACUUAGAAAUUCAGCGUUUCCAAGGGACCCUGAAGGUAGCACACAGCGACACAGUGAAUGAGGACAGCAGCCAGGAUCUACAUGGAAGAGUCAUGCUUUCUCUCACGUUGUAGUUUUUUGGGGUCAUGGCUAAGCAAUACGACAUUUUGCUCAGGCUGCUCAUGCUCGGAGACUCUGGAGUUGGAAAGACUUGCAUGUUGCGCAGGUUCACGGAAAGUGAAUUUGAUCCUUCACAUAUUUCCACCAUCGGAGUUGACUUUAAAAUGAAAACACUAGAAAUAGAUGGAAUCAAGGUGCGAGUACAGAUAUGGGACACGGCCGGUCAGGAGCGUUAUCAGACCAUUACUAAACAGUACUACAGGCGGGCACAGGGUAUCAUCUUUGUCUACGACAUCACAAAUGAGCCGUCCUUUCAGCACAUAGCGAAGUGGGCCAGCGAUGUGGAUGAAUGUGCCCCAGACAAGGUGCAGAGGAUCUUGGUAGGAAACAAGUCUGAUGAAGAACUCGGGAGGCAGGUGACAACGGAACAAGGAAGCAAGUUAGCAGAAACCUAUGAGAUGGACUUCUUUGAAACCAGUGCUUCUACUAACAGUAACAUCAGCGAGUCGUUCACUCGUGUGACAGAACUGGUGCUGCAGGCUCACAAGAGAGACGUGGACAAGUUGUUGGGAUCCUUGGAUGAUUAUCUAGAAAAGGCUGCUCUGGAGGAAGAGAAGGGGAGUCAAAAUGCUGACGGCAGCGCUCAGAGGGGUUGCGCCUGUUAGCAAGAGGUGUCAUGGCUGAUACUUUAAGAGAUCUGUUCCUCACUGUGACUCGACUCAACCCUCCUCUGCCUUCUUCACCUGUCGGAUAAGAGGGUGUUGGUUUGGUUGGUUUCACUUUUUCUAAGUCACUGAAGUUACGUCUUGGUAAAUGCAGUUAGCAGCAGCUACCAGCAGAGGGAUAAUUUUGUUGCAUGAUCCCUGAACCCUGUAGCCAGCGAGGAGUCUGCAGUACAUUUCAUGAAGGUAGCUGUGUCCAUUUGCUCCAGCAAAACUGUAAAUACACAUGCUUGUUUCAUUUUCCUUUGGUGAAAUGCAGCUUAGCACAAUCUGCUUCAUCAAUUUCUGUAUUCCAUCGCUUUUGCUUUCUUGUUGCUUGGCAGGCUGCAUAUUAACAAAUUGGUUAUAUGUGAUUUCAUAUCAAAGAAAUCUGUUUAUAAAGGUGAAUACAGAUGCUACAACAAGACAGACAGAGGAUAGGGUUGAAUUAUUUACACCUGGAAACUCAAACCAAGCAGAGAUGGAUUCAUUUACACAAUCGACUUAUUUCCUCAGGGAAGACAUUGUUGUGCCAUGUUCAAUGACCUUUCUGAAUGCAGUUUAUUUGCUAUCCGGAAUGUAUAUAUACACUUGUUUUAUGAAUGUGAUGCAGUAAAGUAUUGUUACUGCUGCUUAAUAUGUUUUCCAUGUCUGCAGAGGUGCCACAGCCAUUGUAAUUUUAAUAUAAUUUGUAAAACUCAAGAAUGAUGGAAAAAAGUAAUGUAUGGUGUUUUGGGGGUAAAUAAAUUGAAGUUUAAUAUUUAAAUCUAA